AUGUCCCUUACAUUGGUGAUCAGUGGGAAGAAUGUCCCUUACAUUGGUGGUCAGUGGGAGGAAUGUCCCUUACAUUGGUGGUCAGUGGGAAGAAUGUCCCUUACAUUGGUGGUCAGUGGGAAGAAUGUCCCUCACAUUGGUGGUCAGUGGGAAGAAUGUCCCUCACAUUGGUGGUCAGUGGGAAGAAUGUCCCUUACAUUGGGGGUCAGUGGGAAGAAUGUCCCUUACAUUGGGGGUCAGUGGGAAGAAUGUCCCUUACAUUGGGGGUCAGUGGGAAGAAUGUCCCUUACAUUGGAGGUCAGUGGGAAGAAUGUCCCUUACAUUGGUGGUCAGUGGGAAGAAUGUCCCUUACAUUGGAGGUCAGUGGGAAGAAUGUCCCUUACAUUGGUGAUCAGUGGGAAGAACGUCCCUUACAUUGGUGGUCAGUGGGAAGAAUGUCCCUUACAUUGGGGGUCAGUGGGAAGAAUGUCCCUUACAUUGGGGGUCAGUGGGAAGAAUGUCCCUUACAUUGGGGUCAGUGGGAAAGAAUGUCCCUUACAUUGGGGGUCAGUGGGAAGAAUGUCCCUUACAUUGGGGGUCAGUGGGAAGAAUGUCCCUUACAUUGGUGAUCAGUGGGAAGAAUGUCCCUUACAUUGGGGGGUCAGUGGGAAGAAUGUCCCUUACAUU